AUGAGUCGACCACUUUCACCAGUAUUAUCAGCCCCAACAUCAGGGCCUGCUCAAUCUUAUUUCUUUUUCCUUCUGGUGGCGACCUUUUCAUGUUGUGUCAACAGGUGUCAUGCGCUACUACCACCAGCACCUGCAACCGAAAGCAGCAUUCAGAGUAGUGUGAUUUCCAACAACGUGGUUGCUUCUUUCUCACGGUUAUCUCACUACAAUGGAAAAAUCUUAGAGUCAAGAACAAACUUUCGAAGACGUACCACAAUACGCUAUGCAACUGAAAAGUUGGCAGAAGUCACUAAAACAUCAUCCGACACUUCAGCACCAUCGUCAUCGUCAGAAGCCCCCAAAAGACGACAGUUGGCACGAGGUUUGCUACUUUCCUCCUUUUCCGAUGGGCUGGUGCCCAAUCCACAAGCUCUUGAUUUUUGGAUGGACAGUCUGGUGGAAUCCAUGUGGAAUCAGUACUUGCAAGGUCUGCAAGAAAAGGUGGAAUCUUCGGCCAAGGCCAGUCCCUGCUGUGGUCCCACGGAUGUUGACAGUGUCAAUCAACUAUUGGAUGCCAUAAGUGACGAAUCAUCUUCUUCCUUUACUGAUGAAGCUACUAAGAAAACUGGGCAAUGGAAAGUCAAAUUUCAGAAACUAUUGGAGAUGCAACAACACCAACAAGAACAAGAACAAUCUGGUGAAUCAUUAUCAUUAUCAUCAUCACCAUUGGAACUUCGAUUCUUGUACAUUCCCACUGCCAUGUACGCCCUCCGCAAGGAUUCCACCAACUCGCCAGGAAAGCAACGACAACGAGCCCGUGCUGAUGGCAAAAAGCGAAGGACGCAAAUAGUGCAGCUGAUUCAAGACCAGUUUGCAAACGCCUACCAUGAAAUGAACGACUGCUCUGACGAUGAUAUAAAAGAACAAAUGAAAUCAUCACCAGUCAAAGCGCUGGCCGUUUCAUUUGACUUGGAUGAUGGUAGUUUGAAACAACCAGAAGGAUCCAAGAAUACCUCCAAAUUUCCCUCCACUGGAAUGGACGCUUUGAAAGAUUGGAAGCCGAAUCUGAUUUACGUCCAAGGCGGGAAUACCUUUUGGUUGUAUCACUGUAUGGAAAAGGGCGGUUGGAGAGAUGCUUUGGUGGAUGCAGUUACGGUCGGUGAUGAUAAUAAUAAUCAAGCCCCUGCUGUGUAUUGCGGAACCAGUGCUGGUGCCAUCUUGGCUGGAUCUUUGAUGGAGACGGCAACUUGGAAGGGAUGGGACGAUCCUACCGUGGAUCCGGACCGACCGAACUACGAGGACUGGAAGGGAAUUGCUGGAUUAGACCUGGCAGGAGAAAAUGUUUCAGUAUUUCCACACAUGGGCGAACAAUGGCAAGACAUUGUGGAUGGCAAGAUGGCACAAUUGAAUGCUGAUACCAAUGAUGAUGGUGAUCAUGAUUCUUCAGAUUUCUCAUUACCAGCGCCAGAAGUGUAUUGCUUAAGAGAUGACCAAGCUGUAUGUGUGAAUGGAAGUGGUUCAGUAUUGACGCGGACACUGUUAGAAUAUGCACCAGAAUAA